UUUUGCGCUUGUUUCUUUAUUAUUUAUUGAUAAUUAAUAUUAUAUAUAUGUAUAAUAGUUAUCAAAUCAUUGUUUCUGAAUAAAUAAUAUUUUUAUGUCAAAAAUAUCUAAUGAGAAUCAAAACGGAAAUGUUUUGAGAUUCAAAAUAUUGCUCAUGAGAAAACACAAAAGAGUGAGACAACUUAUUUACGUUGCAACAACGAAUUAGGAGAAAGUAGAUUGCGCAAGCAAAGAAAAUGCCCAAAAGGCCAUGGUGCUUAUGACUUUCAAAAUAGUUACCAUGUCAACACUUCCAAAUUAGUGUUCAUAGAAAUACGGAAAAGUCCAAUAAGAUCGACUCAGUGAAGUCAAACGUUAAUUUGUCGGCUUUGAAUUUACUUCCUAUACUUCAACAUCUGCGGCUUACUUAAGCUUGCAAGCUCCACUUCAUAUAUCUUGAUGAUGUCCUCUUCUUAGUUUUUAUUACUUUUCAUUCAAUGGAGAUGAUGGUUCAAGACCAGCAGCUACAAAAUACAGAUGAUGGAAAAGUGCACGACUCUAACAGAAGCACAAAUGUCAUACAGAAACUUGGACAUCCAAGAUUCGAAAAAUGCAAAUGGUGGUUGCGUGUGUCUCUCUACAUAAUCUUUCUUCUGGCAGGCCAAUCUGCAGCUACUCUUCUGGGAAGGUUAUACUAUGACAAUGGUGGUAAUAGCAAAUGGAUGGCAACUUUUGUUCAAUCAGCAGGAUUCCCUAUACUUUUUCCACUCCUUUUUUACUUCUCAACAAGAAAGCAGGACAAAUUAACUAACGAGCUCAACAAUGAUUCCCAUAGAACAAAACCAAAAUUUUCUAUCCUUGUUUUCCUCUACCUAGCUUUUGGCUUAAUACUGACAGGGGACAACUUGAUGUACUCCUAUGGACUUCUAUAUCUCCCUCUUUCCACCUAUUCUCUGCUGUGUGCAACCCAAUUAGGCUUCAAUGCAAUAUUCUCUUUCUUCCUCAAUUCGCAGAAGUUCACAGCAUUCAUAUUCAAUUCUAUAGUCCUACUUACCAUAUCAGCUUCCCUGCUUGCAAUCGAUGCUGAUUCUGAGGAUCAAACGGGACUUUCCAGAGAAAAACAUAUAAUUGGGUUCUUCUGCACUAUUGGUGCAUCAGCUACAUUUUCUUUAUAUCUCUCUCUUGUGCAGCUUUCUUUUGAGAAGGUUAUCAAGAGAGAAACCUUUACUGUUGUGUUAGACAUGCAAAUUUACCCAUCCUUCAUUGCUACCUGUGCAUGUGUUGUGGGCUUGUUUGCAAGUGGAGAGUGGAAAAGUUUGGAUGAGGAAAGUAAGGAUUAUAAGAAGGGAAUUGUGUCAUAUGUAAUGACUCUACUUUGGACCGCUGUGACAUGGCAAAUAUCAUCUGUUGGUAUGCUGGGGUUGAUUUUUGAGGUAUCUUCAUUGUUUUCAAAUGUAAUAGGUACCUUGUCGUUGCCCAUUGUUCCCAUCCUUGCAGUGAUCUUCUUCCAUGACAAGGUGAAUGGGGUGAAGUUUAUAGCCUUGUUGUUAGCAGUGUGGGGCUUUCUAUCUUAUGUGUAUCAACAUUAUAUAGAUCACAAAAAAGCCAAGACAGAUAAAAGUAAUGGCCUUGGGGUUUCACUGGCUGAGGUAGAAAUUUGCUGAUUGUGGAAUCGGAUGGACCAAAGAGAAUGGUUUUGUGAAUUGUGUCUGGCACAGCUUGAUUUGUACUUUUACAAGAAAAAUAAAAUAUUUUGUAGAAAUUCAUAUGAUUAGUUAAUAUUGAUUAUAAUUACAUUUGAGAUUAUUA